AUGAAGCCCAUAGUCCCAGUCCUCCUCUCCUCUCUCUCCCUGCUCACAACAACCUGCGCCCAGUCAACCCCCCUCUCCCGCGCCGAAACCGCCCUCGACGUCCUGCAAUCAUGGUACAACACAUCCACCGGUAUCUGGGAUACCUGCGGCUGGUGGAACGGCGCAAACUGCAUGACCGUGCUCGCGGACCUAGCCCUCAUCGACGAUUCCUCAGACUCCGUGCAAGAAACAGCAAGAGAAGUGUUUAAUAAUACGUAUCAUAUUGGGCCGAAGUCGAAUCCGUUGCCAUUUGGCAAGUUGGAGCCGAAUUCUCCGGCGUCGCCGUCUGCGACGGCUUCAUCCAGAGUGGCUUCGUUGACGGCAGCGGCGGCAACGCCGAUGCCGACGGAUGGGUCGUAUGAGGUUGGGUGGAAGUGGAUUGAUGGGUCGUAUGAUGAUGAUGGGUGGUGGGCGCUUGCGUGGAUCGCGGCGUAUGAUCUUACCAAAGAGCGGAAGUAUUUGGAUGUUGCGAUUGGGAUUUAUGAGCAUUUGAAUUCAACCAAGAAAGCCUCCUGUGGAAACACUGGCAUUUACUCCGAUAUAACUAAUGUCUACGUUAACGCUGUCACAAACGAGCUCUUCCUUUCUGUCGCCGCGCAUCUGGCGAACCGUGCGCCUAACAAGGAAAAGUAUCGCCAGGAUGCAGAGAACCUGUGGAACUGGUUCUCGACUGCUGGAUUCAUCAACGACAAGGGCACCAUCAACGAUGGUCUGACGAAUGACUGCAAGAACAACGGACAAACUGAAUGGACCUACAACCAAGGCAUCGUCCUGGGCGCCCUCGUCGAACUACACACCGCCAACAAAAACAAAGCCUACCUAGCCUCCGCCUCUCACAUCGCCAAAGCCGCCAUAAAAACAUUCACCAACUCCACUUCCAACGUCGUCGAAGAAUCCUGCGACCCAGACUCCUGCGACGCGAACUCCACCCAGUUCAAGGGCAUUUUUAUCCGCAAUCUCGCGACGCUGAAUGCUGUUGCGCCUGAGGAGACGUAUGAGAAGGUGAUUAAGGCUUCGGCGGAGAGUAUUUGGAAGCAUGAUCGGGAUUUGGAGAAUGAUCAGCUGGGGGAGGCGUGGACGGGGCCGGUGAAUUUGGUGGAUGCGUCGACGCAUUCGUCGGCGAUGGAUGCGCUUGUUGCUGCUGUUGGGUUGUAG